GCUUAGUUCAGUGUACGCCUUAGUGUCAGCAUGUCUUGGAUACCUCCGAAUUUAGCAGAAUCAUGUGCGGUGUAUACCAACCUUACCAGUUGCCAACCACCGACUUUUUUGUUCCUGCAACUCAUCACGCAAUUAUUUGGACAAUCUCUUGAUUCCGAAUACGACUACGGGCAAAGUGGUUACGAUUUUGGUUCAAAUAUUUACGGGUACCCCGGCAGUGAUGAGUAUCAUAAGCCGAGAGAACGAGAGUAUGAUUUUAUUGUGCUAGGUGCAGGAAGUGCAGGAUGUGUGCUGGCUAAUCGACUUACGGAAAUACCCUCAUGGAGUGUUCUGCUGUUGGAAGCUGGAGACGAAGAACCAGAAGUGGCCGACGUACCCGCAUUUGCCCCCGCUUUGCAACAGUCCAGUAUCGACUGGGGUUUCUCGACCCAACCUGACCCUAAUAGUUGUCUUGCCCGCCAGAAUGGGCAAUGUUCUUGGGCAAGAGGUAGAGUGAUGGGUGGGUCCUCCACAAUCAACUAUAUGAUCUAUAUCCGAGGAAACCCUCGAGACUAUGACGAAUGGGCUGAAGCGGGCAAUCCUGGUUGGUCCUGGAGAGAAGUCCUUCCUUAUUUCAUGAAAUCUGAAGAUAACCACAACAUUGAUACUGUAGAGCGCCAGGCGCAUGGGGUUGGGGGUUAUCUCAGCGUCGAAAGAUUCCAAUAUCAAGAAUCUAACGUUCGUUCGUUGUUUGAAGCCUUCCAAGAGUUGGGACUACCUGUCAUUGAUCAAAACGCCGGAAGACAAAUUGGAACUAUGAUGCUUCAAACCACGACAAGAAGUGGAAGACGAGAGAGUGCAAAUCUUGCGUUUAUUAGACCUAUUAGGAGGAAACGAAAGAAUUUGACUAUUGAGACUAAGGCUUACAUUAUUAGGGUGCUCAUUGACCCCCAUACCAAGGUCGCGUUUGGUGUGGAGUAUGAAAAAAAUGGAAAAUUAAUUCAAGUUAGAGCAAGGAAAGAAGUUAUUGUCUCCUGUGGGACUAUUAUGACGCCCAAAGUUUUGAUGUUGAGUGGGGUUGGCCCAGCCCAUCAUUUACAAAAUUUCGGUAUCCAAGUUAUCAAAGAUCUUGCAGUGGGUUACAAUUUGAUGGAUCAUCCAACCACCGAUGGUGUUUUGUUGCAAAUAAACAACGAAUCAGCUACACUUGUACCACCGGAGCAAGUAACUCGCGAUGUUUUCUACUACAGAGAGGAACAAGCGGGUCCUUUAUCCUCGACAGGUCCUUUGCAAGUAAAUACUUUCGUACAAACAAAGUACGAGUUAGAACCUGGGCGACCUGACAUGCAAUAUUCUAUUGAUACAGCAAAUGUUGUAGAUUACGUAACUGAUCUACUUUUGGCUUCCGGGACUAAAGUCUACCCUCUUGCUUAUUAUAACGGUUUUAUCAUUCGUCCAAUUUUGCUCAACCAGAGAAGCAGAGGUGUUAUUAAAUUGAAUAGUACUGACCCCAUUUAUGGUUACCCUCUAAUUUACUCAAACACAUUUAACGAGCAAAUAGAUGCUUUGACGAUGGUUGAAGGAAUUAAGCAAAGUUUGAAUUUACUCAAAACUCGCGCCAUGCAAAGACUUGGAGUGAGUUUGAUAACUACACCUGUGGCCGCCUGUGAUGGAUAUUCGUUUGGUACUGAUGACUACUGGUUGUGUUUAGUCCGAUCUUAUACUAGUACCAUGUACCAUUAUGCUGGUACUUGUAAAAUGGGACCGAAACAUGAUCCUUUUGCGGUAGUUGAUCCGAAAUUGCGAGUGUAUGGUAUUAAAAAUUUGAGAGUUAUUGAUACUUCAAUUAUGCCCAGAGUUACUAGAGGUAACACAAAUGCUCCUACGAUUAUGAUUGCUGAGAAAGGUAGUGAUUUCAUUAAGGAGACGUGGUUGAAGAAAAAAUUUUCCAUUCCAAAAAUUCCAAAAAUGGAUUUUAAACAAAUGAUUAAAACGUUUUUCUUUAAUCAUUAAUUGAUUUUUUUUAUUCAAAAAGAGGCUUAAAGGGUGUUUUGUGAACGUCAUUUGCUUCUAACAUAUCUACACAAAAUAUUAGAUGCAUUAAAAAUGUCCGCACUUUUAAUUUUACACCGGUUAACUAAAUUGAUUGGAUUAAACAAUAUAUGUAGUAAUAGUUAAUAUAUGUUUCAACACUUUUUUAUAUAAAUUAGAUUUUAAUGUGAUUAAUUAUUAAAAUUAAAAUUCAUAUUGACAUUUAUACUGCAUCUAUCUUACCAACAGAUGGGUCAGAUUAUAAAAUACAAAAAUUUUGUUAUUUUUAUUUGACCGCAGUUCUUUGUUUAUAUUUUUUAAGCAAUAUUGUAAUAUUUAUUCACCAGCAACGAUAAUCAAUGAUGCAAAAAGAAUUUAUAUUGGGAAAAGAAAUUUACGGUUUGUGUUUUUCUAGAGUAAGUGAUUGUCAUUUUCAUUUAAUUAGUUUCUAAAUAUUUUCUAAUUUUGUCAUUUGUAAAUACUAUUUUCUUGCCUUACCAAGGUUUUCUCAAAACUCGUUAGUAAUGGUAAAAUACCAUUUUAUUUAGUUUUGGAUAAAACAAAUAAACUACAGCACUCUAAACGACUAACACCGUUUUAGUCUAUUUUUUAGACUGCUUUAAUUAAACAUUUUUUUCAAAAUAUUUCUAAAUAAAAUAGUAUUUAAAUAACAAAUGAUUGUACAAAAUUAUUUAAAAGAAAUGCGCGUUUAUUUAAUAUAUGAUAAAGGUUAAAAUUUGUUUAAUUUAGCACAAAAUAAUUACUGAUCCAUCUGUUAAUUAACUUAUUUAUUUAUUCAGGUUUUGUAUCAUUUAAAACGUUAUUUAACACACAAAACAUAUUUUGUUUUAAGUAACUUAUUUUUUAUAGAAACUCUAAUCAUCGCAGUUACCAAUAAUUCCAGUUUAAUAUUUGAGCACCAAUGUAGAAGAGAGUUUAUUAAACUAAAACAAGCUUUUGUGAAUACGUUUCCAGGUUCAACAUGAUUUAAAAUGAAAACAGUAGCCACAAAUUACGAGUAAAAAUAUGUUUCUAAUUAUUAUUCAUCUUUAUUAAUUUUAAAUCAAGUUGUACCUAAAUAAGCGUUUUUAUUGUUACCAUUUUUUAGUUAGAGAUAGAGAUAGAGCUUAAUGUGCUAAAGUCAUUUAAUGUAGCUUUGACUUAAAAACUAGUAAUUUUUUAAGUCAUCUGGUUGUUUUUGGUUAUGCAUGUAUAUAAUAAUCUUUACUUUAAUAUUUUAAGAAACUACCAAAUGUGUUAUCAAGUCAACAGUGUAGUCGAACUAAGCAUCAAGUAGAAUAGAGUUGUUACAGAUCCUAUUGUAUUGUUAUAUUUCUAUCUUGUAAAUAAACAAGUUUAUUUAAUAAAAACUU